AUGGUGUACGUCGCCGGCGAGGAGAUGACGCGAUACACGAUGCAGCUCAUCUUAGACAAGUGGGUCUCUCCGCACGUGGACACCUCGCGUUGGGAGUUUUUCGACCUUCGCGCGAAGAACAGGGACGACACCGAGGACCAGGUCCUGCGCGACGUCAUCACCGCGGGCGCGAGGCUCAAGGCGAUCUUCAAAGAGCCCACGAUCACGCCGACCGCGGACCAGGUCAAGCGCCUCGGUCUCAAGAAAGCCUGGGGUUCCCCGAACGGCGCGAUGCGUCGCGGCUGGAACGGCAUCACGAUCUCGCGAGACACGAUUCACAUCGACGGCGUCGAGCUCGGGUACAAGAAGCCGGUGUUCUUCGAGCGUCACGCCGUCGGCGGGGAGUACUCCGCCGGGUACAAGAUCGUCGGUAAAGGGCAGCUGAAGACGACGUUCGUCCCCGAGGGCGGCGGCGACGCGAUCGUCGUCGACGACCGCGCCGUCGUCGACGACUUGAACGCCGUCGUGACGUACCAUAAUCCGUUGGAUAACGUGAACCACCUCGCGCGGAUCUUCUUCGGCAGGUGCCUCGACGCCGGCAUCGUGCCGUACGUCGUCACGAAGAAGACGGUGUUCAAGUGGCAGGAGCCGUUCUGGGAGACGAUGAAGCGCGUGUUCGACGACGAGUUCAAGGAGAAGUUUCGCGCGAAAAAAAUCAUCGGCGACAACGCGGAGCUCGUGCACCUUCUCUCCGACGCGGCGACGAUGAAGCUCGUGGUCUGGACCGACGGCGGGUUCGGCAUGGCCGCGCACAACUACGACGGCGACGUCCUGACCGACGAGCUCGCGCAGGUGCACAUGUCCCCCGGGUUCAUAACCUCGAACCUCGUCGGCGUCGACGCGGACGGGACGCUGAUCAAAGAGUUUGAGGCGUCGCACGGCACCGUCACGGACAUGGACGAAGCGCGCUUGCGAGGCGAGGAGACGAGCUUGAACCCGCUCGGGAUGGUCGAAGGGCUCAUCGGCGCGAUGAACCACGCCGCGGACGUCCACGGCGGCGCGGACGCCGUGCACCCGUACACCGCGAAGCUCAGGGCGGUGAUUCACAAGCUGUUCCGCGAGGGCCGAGGGACGCGCGAUUUGUGCGGCGCGGGGGGGCUCACCACGGAGCAGUUCAUCGACGCCGUCGCCGCGGAGCUGUGA